UCGACGUAGACAAGUGUCGAUUAUGUUUGAAAAAAAAAACAAUAAAUUAGUCAUUACGGUUUGUUUUGAAUGAACGACUUGUAUCUUAUCGUAGCGAGCGUUAAAAAUUUCCAUAUUUUUGUGGAUAGCGAUUAAAAAAAAGCCACGUUAAAUUUUCAAUAACUGAUAAUGACUUUGGUAGUCUAUUAGUAGUUUGGGUAAAGACGAACAGAGUUGUGAGCUAUUGUCUAAUCAACCGUCCAACCUGAACGACCAUUUUUUAUAAAAAUUUAUAUAUUUUUUCAUUUUUAUUUUCAUAAAUAAUUUCUCGAAAAUGGAGAGACCCAGCUUUGUCGAUCUUUCUACUGGGAGGACAUCAAACUACACACGUGUUGUACAAUGGAGAUGGUUUCGUCAAACAAUUGCAGCAAUAGUUGUAACUUUAUUGAUACUUGGUGUAUGGAUAUUUUGGCCUUCAUCAUCUCCUCAACCACCUGUAACACCUGUCCCAAGAAAAUACGAACUCUGCAAAUCACUUUCUUGCAUUGAAACAGCUCAAAUAAUGCUGAAUAAUAUGGACAAAAGUGUAAAUCCAUGUGAUAAUUUUUACCAAUUUGCAUGUGGUAAAUUCAAGGAUAACAAUGCAAUUCCUCAUGGUGAAAUUAACACUGACAUUUACCAUAUUUACAAGGAUAAAAUACGUCAACAAUAUCAAUCUAUUCUCGAAAAAAAUGAGACUGAUUCUGAUUCAAAAGCCUCAAAAAUUGCAAAAAGUCUUUAUAAAAAAUGUGUGUCUAAUUCAAAAAGAUUACCAAAAGAUACUCUCGAAAAAUUAACAAACCUAACUGCUGAACAAAAAAAUUUAAUUAAAAAAACAUUACAAAAUAAUUUAGAAUACAUGAAAGAAAAAAAUUGUGUUGAUUUGGUUGAAGUUUCACAUCCAAUGGCAUUGAGCGCUUUGUAUUAUCAAACAUACAAUAAAUCUAAAUUAUGGAAUUUAGCAAACACCAUGACAAUUAACAUAAGAGAUACCUUCAUCAAUAAAACGCUAGAUAAAAUUAAUUGGUCAAAAAAUACAAUGUAUCCAGCAAAAAUGGCAAUUUCUUCUAAAUUAUUAACAAUACCAAAAAUCACAGAAUUUCCAAAGUCUUUAUUUAAUGCCUCAAUAGUCGAUGGACCAUAUUCUUCUGUAGCAAAUAUUCCAAAUGAUUACUUAGGACAUAUAAAUUUAAUUAACAUGAAUCAAGUCACACCAAUGUUCGAAACUGGUAUAGGCACAUUGUCCGAAAUUUCAUCAGAAAUCAUUGGUAUUUCUGGACUUUUUACUGGUGAUAAAAAAAUUGAAGUAAUACCUGGUGGAAUUUUGCAAGGAAUUUUUUUUGGUCUUGAUCGACCUGAACACUUAAAUUAUGGAGCAUUUGGAUCAGUUAUGGCUUUGAGAAUGACUCAAGUACUAACAGAUCAAGAAGCAAUUGCUUAUCAGUUAGCUGAUCACUACACUUUUGAUCGUUCAUGUUUUGCAAAACAGUAUGGAAAAUAUGAAAUUAAAAACAAAAAAAAGAAUGAUGAAAAUGCAUUUGUAAGAUCAAAUUAUAUUCAUAAUUUGGGUAUUUGGCUAAUUCGUGAAGUUUACCAAGAAUGGAAAAAAAAUAAUAAGAAUAAAAAUAUCAAGUCUGUUGUUGGUCUUGAAGAAUACACUCAAGAUCAACAAUUUUGGUUGAGUUAUGCAAAUACAAUGUGUUCAAAAAAUGACAAUUUAAAUGAGUAUCGUGUCAUUGGAUCACUCUCAAAUCUUCCAGAAUUUUUAACAGAUUUUCAAUGCAAAAAUAACACUAAAAUGUAUAUCAAUAAUAAAUGCAAAUUAUUUGCUUAA